AAUAGUUUUGAUUUUAAACUACACGUGUGCUCUUUAAGAUCCGAAAGCGUUAAGUGUUCCGAGAUUUGGAAAAGGAGUUUCACUGAGAGGCGAGUCUCCAGUGCCCUCUAUUGGCCCGUGAAGUUGGCUGCAGGUAGCGGGACCAUGAGUGAUAAGGAACUUCUUGAGCUGCCCAUGAGCCAGGGCAAAUUUGAGCAGAUCUGGGGGGACCUAGGAUUUGGUGAGCUGAUCAAGGAGCUGCCUCGUACAAACAGCGAUGCUUGGCUUACUGCUGCAUUGCCUGAUGGCCAUUUUACGGAUGGCUUUGACCUGGAUCUCCCGGAGAACACUGCUGCUGUUCCUGAUGUAGCCCCAGUUGUGGACAGCCUCCCCCCUCCUGCCACUGUAGUGCCAUCCACUACAGACUAUCCUGGGGAAUAUGACUUCCAGUUAUGCUUUAAUCAAUCCAGCACUGCAAAGUCAGCCACAUCUACAUAUUCUCAGUUGCUGAAUAAGCUGUAUUGUCAGCUUGCAAAAACGUGUCCUGUUGAUGUACUGGUGGGCAGAGAGCCACCUAAGGGUGCUAUGCUAAGAGCCACAGCAAUUUAUAAGAAAUCAGAGCAUGUUUCUGAGGUGGUAAUACGCUGUCCACACCACCAGAGCGUCGCUGAGAGCAACGAAGGUUUGUGUGCUUUAAAUACACCUUAAAUAUUCUCUCUCUCUCUCCCCCUCUUAC